AUGCUUGGGCGGGAGGCAAGAAGCGGCUGUGAGCCGACUGGCAGUUCACCUGCUGCAGCGUCAUUGGAUCGAAUUCAAUCCCGGAAAGGGACCAGAAUCAAAUUUGCAUGUUUGAGAUGCCAAAAGAGGAAGAUCAAGUGCGAUGGGGCGUCUCCUGUUUGCUUCCAGUGCCGAAAAGCCGGGGCUGCUUGCUCUGACGCGAUGAAGCGGAACGACAAGUACUCCAAAGCCUAUGUGACUAGCCUACAAGAUAGAAUUCAUUGGCUUGAAGCAACGUUGACGACGCGCUGUCCUGACAUUGAUGUAAGAAGCGGGCCGAGAGUCAGCCAUGACAGCAGCUCCCAGGAUGGAGAGCAGAGUACUGUUACUCUAGAUGGAGAAGCUCAGCAUUCUACUCGAAGCUCUAUCCCAUCAGCUACAGACACUACUCAGCCAGAACACAUGGCCCACGAGAUCGGAUUAUUAUCAGUGACCGCUGGGCAGGACCUUCGGUAUGUAGGACCUUCAAGCGGUUACUCUUUCGCAAAGCUACUAUUCGCAAGUAUCGGCAGAUGCCAUACGAAUCGUCGUCAGAAUGGAUAUGCACAGGCCAAAUCGACACUUGCAAGCGAAGCCUUUCAGAUUGCACCAGUCCCACUCCCUUCAACUCUGGAGAACGCUGUGCAGUUGUCUCAAGCGUAUUGGGACACGAUUCACUGUCAAUACCCAAUCUUACAUCAACCCACUCAUACUAAACUCUUGAGCCACGUUUUCAGUUCAGAGAAUCCCAGUCCUGUAGCAGCUUUCCAGGUGUUCAUGGUACUGGCGAUUUCUACUACCAUCCUGUCCCGCCAACUGAAGUUACCUUUAUCAGCCGAAGGUUACUGCGUAUCAGCCAUGGACUACUUCAGCAAUAUAUCUAUUGAAGGGUCAUUGGAGGGUCUCCAGUGUUUGCUGCUCCUUCAGAUGUACGGAAUGAACAACCCUUCCAUGGGAUUGAACCUUUUCUACCUCAACUACCAAUGCAUAGCAUCUGUCCUGGACCUCGGACUUCAGCGUGAUGUCAGAGCUGGGAGAAAUCUAUCUUUUCUAACUCAAGAAAUGAGAACGAGAGUCUUCUGGGUUGUGUAUUCUCUGGACAGGACACUGGGCACAAUAAUGGGACGACCAAUAGGGCUAAGAGAUGAGGCUUGCGACCUGCGCUUACCAGGGGAUGUAGAUGACGAAGGUCUGCUGGCUCAAUAUCCCAUCCCUAGGUCAGACAACGACCCACCUACCUCGACUACUAACGCGAUCCACCUUAUGAAACUUGCACAACUGAACUCUGAGAUCAAAUACAUCGCUAACAGUAUCUCGCGGAGUACUCCGGCUUACACUUAUCCCCAGAUUCCAGAUGUUCUGCAAUGGCAGACGGACAUUCUCGGCCGACUGCGGCAGUGGGCUGGCGAAAUCCCUCAGCUCUCCCAGACACAAACCAAAUUCAGCAAAAUAAAGUAUCACGAGGUGGUGAUGCUGUUACUACGUCCAAGUCCAGCAAUUCCCAACCCGUCUCAUGAGUCAUUGUUUCUCUGUAACGAAAGUGCAACUGCUACAAUUCGGAUUUUCGACCAACUGUAUCGGGAUAAUUUACUUGUCUUCACUUGGCAAAUCCUUCACUCGAUCUUUUUGGCAACCGUUACCAUGCUAUACUGCACCUGGAGUGUUCCGAGGGUGACGAGGACCACGAUCGUCGAGACGUUGAUGAUGGAUCUGAAUACGUCGUCAAGCGUUCUCUCCGCACUCGCCGAGCAUUUCGUAGAUGCUAAGCGAGGUCGAGACAUUCUGGACGAAUUGUCUUCGGUUACUAUUCGCUGGAUAAUGGGAAAACAUGGGUCGGCUGCAUCGACUGGUCAAAUGCCACAGUCUGUCACAUUAUUGAAAGAGAGCUCCGCCGCGCACAGCUGUGAAGCUGGGAGCGGUCACGAGAAAGACAGUCGGGACCCAACAGAUGAAGCAGAUUUGGCGCAAUUCAGUAGCGAGUCAUCAUUCACUACACAACCUUUUGACGACUUUUUCACCCCAGAGUCUUGGGACUCGCUCUUCGGCAUGCCAAAUGACUAUGGACUCCCGUUUCAUAUCGACACUAUCAUGCAGGGUGUUUUCAAUGACUACCAACCAGAGUUCGAGUUCGGACAGAGCUUUGGGCUAGACAACAAGCUGACGGGCGAUCCUGUUCUGUAA